CUUUUAAUACAGUUUUCUUAGAGGUUUCGUGGCGUGCACAAAUCGUUGAGGUAUCCUUACAAGUGCCGUGGUUUGAUUAGUGCAGUGUUCGUUUGGUGUGACAGGGAGUGCGAUUCUCAAGUGUUGAACAUUGGUAGUUCAGAGUAACAGGACAUUGGUGUUUCGAAGGCGGAACGAAAAAGUGAAACACUAUGAUGUAUAGCAUAGUUUUUGUGGUUGCUUUAUUUGGAGCCGCAAUGGCCCAGGAAAGCUUCAAAUGUCCGGACGAUUUUGGCUUCUACCCACAUCACACAUCCUGCGACAAAUACUGGAAGUGUGACAACAACGUGGCCGAGCUAAAAACCUGCGGCAAUGGUCUGGCGUUCGAUGCGUCGGAUUCCAAAUAUCUGACAGAGAACUGUGAUUAUCUGCACAACGUGGAUUGCGGUGACCGCACACAGCUAGAACCCCCAAUUACCACUCCACACUGCGAUCGUCUGUACGGUAUCUUCGCUGAUCCAGCUAAAUGCGAUGUAUUCUGGAACUGUUGGAAUGGUGAAGCUUCUCGUUAUCAGUGCUCUCCUGGUUUAGCCUAUGACCGUGAGGCUCGUGUCUGUAUGUGGGCUGAUCAGGUUCCAGAAUGUAAAAACGAAGAGGUGGCCAAUGGAUUUGCUUGUCCGGCAGCGGGUGAAAUUUCAAAUGCUGGUUCAUUCUCGAGACACGCUCACCCAGAGGAUUGCCGUAAAUACUACAUUUGUCUGGAGGGAGUCGCUCGUGAGUACGGAUGUCCCAUUGGAACCGUGUUUAAGAUCGGAGAUGCUGACGGUACCGGUAACUGCGAAGAUCCUGAGGAUGUUCCCGGAUGUGAAGAUUACUACGGUGACUUGGACUUGAAAAGCAUCCGAAAGAGCGAACUCCUCGCCGGUCUAGUCCAGUCGGGUGGUGGUGCCCAUGCACCGAACAAACCAAUUGUUAAAUCCAACCGCCCUGCUGCCAAGGAGAACUGAACCUAUUAGUAACACAGAAAGCAAUCCAGAAUCAUUAAACAACUACACAGAAAUGUACUUCAACAAGACCUAGAGACCUAGACGCUAGGGACAGUAGCUAGUUUCUAAGAAGAUGUGUUUCAAUUCUGGAAGGUCCUCCGAUGAACACCCCGCUUUUUGCCGGAGGAUAAUAGACUGUUAUUAAAGUAAAGAUUUUAGAUAAGUGAUAGUCAGAGAGGAAUACUCAAAUCCGCUGAAAUUUCUAUGGAAACUUAAGUAUCAAAGCAGCCAUUUUUAACAGUUUGUGAAUUUUAUCCCUAGAAAAUUUGAGCCUUGCUAGAUCAGUGAACACAGUUUUUAUUUAUUUAUUUUCGUUCCUCUUAGUUAAGAUGACGUGAAAGCACCCUGUCUUCUGUAUUUUCAUUAGUAUUUCUUCACUCAAACCAUCUCCUCACAGACUUCUCUAUUGUACGAGUAAACCGACUGAGGAAUAUUCCCUCAAGAAAUCAAGUUUUCAACUUUUCUAUGAAAAAGAGAUUUCAUUUGUAUGUAAAAUUGGAAAAAUUCAAAGCCCUAUGCCGAAGGAAACCUAAGAAAAAAAAAACAAUAAUGGAAAAUAAAUAAAAAAUCGAAAAAAUCACAUAAAUA